UCGUGUUUUUAAUGAAUGACUUCAUCAAGACGUAUUUUUAAUGACAAUGUACCAUGAUACGUUUUUCACCACAUACUAUACUAUGACAUUAUGUCACAUACUACGGCGUAACUUUAAUGAACAAUUAUACUCAAACGUAGUUUUGACGACAGGUCACGAGACGUGACUUGUUAAAACGAAGCAGAAGCAAAUCAACUGUUCGUCAACUUGCUGCUUCGUUAAAUGACGGUCUGCUUCAAACUGCCCGGUUUGUUUUAACGUUAAUGUGGUUCACGUUUAAAGCCUCGUGCGUGCGUCGCCCCCUCGUUUACGACAGUUUGCUGCUCACAACGCUUCACUUUAAGUUACUCGCCACCGGAGCGGAGCUUGACGUGCGCCUUUUGAGUCGUAAUUACGCUGCUCAACUGUUCACAGAAGGACGAAGUCGAGAAUAUUGUUUACACCGUAAUGAACAAAUGCUUCAGACGCACCAGAAAACGGGGCAGUCAGUGAAGCCUCCUCUCGCUCAAAGGUCGCUGGACGCCGUCGGUUCGCGUUAAAACCUAAACGUGCGCGUGACCUCGUCCGGGGCGGAGCUCUGGUUCCGGUCCCGCUCGCUCUGAUCGGGUCCACGUUGCGGUCAUCAGGCGUUAUCUGACCAGACGAGCUGUGAUGAAGAUGAAGAUGAUGAAGACCACAGUGGAAUGAGGACAAAGCGCGCAGAGAAAACUUGGCCAAGUAAAACAUUCAUCGAGUCGUGGAAGUCGACGUAAAGAGACGGAAACAGGCGGAAAAGUUGAACAGUGGCUCAAAAUCCACGAAUUUGGGAACAUUUACGACACCGGGUUAAUCAUUGACUGUCGCAGGCAGCAGCUGCACAGAGUCGCAGCGAGGAGCGGACGACACCAUGCAGCGCGCCCGGGUUUGGAGGAACCUCGGCCCCCUUUGCUUGGCCGCGUGGAGCCGAACCCACAGCAGGGCAGCAGCGGCCAGACUGGACCUCAGCGGGAUCUACCCGCCCAUCGCCACGCCGUUCACCGCCGGGGAGGAAGUGGACCACCGCAAGCUGGAGGAAAACCUGCACAAAUAUGCCCAGAUGCCGUUUAAAGGUCUGGUGGUUCAAGGCUCCAACGGCGAGUACCCGUACCUGACGGAGGAGGAGCAGGUGGAGGUGGUGCGGGCGGUCAGACGCGCGCUGCCGCCGGGGAAGCUGCUCAUGGCUGGAUCAGGCUGCGAGUCCACCAGAGCCACGGUGCAGCUGACGGAGAAGAUGGCGGCCGCGGGCGCCGACGCCGUGCUGGUUCUGACGCCCUGCUUCUACAAGGGCCGGAUGGACGGCUGCGCGCUGGUCCAGCACUACACCAAGGUGGCCGACUGCAGCCCGGUGCCGGUGGUUCUGUACAACGUUCCGGCCAACACGGGUCUGGAUCUGCCGCUGGAGGCGGUGGUGCAUCUGUCGCAGCAUCCCAACAUCGUGGGCUGCAAGGACAGCGGAGGAGACAUCACACGGAUCGGCCUGAUUGUUCACAAAACCCAAACGCAGGAUUUCCAGGUGUUGGCAGGCUCAGCGGGGUUCCUCAUGGCCGCCUAUUGUGUGGGUGCGGUGGGCGGCGUGUGUGCGCUGGCCAACGUUCUGGGCCGGGAGCUGUGUGAGCUGCAGCGCCUGUGCUGGUUGGGACGCUGGGAGGAGGCCCGAGUCCUGCAGCAGCGCCUGAUAGAACCCAACGCCGCCGUGACACGGAAGCUGGGAGUUCCCGCCCUCAAGCAGGCGAUGGAGUGGUUCGGUUUCCAUGGCGGCGCCUGUCGAUCACCUCUGCAGCCGCUCACGGCGGCGGAAACGGAGCAGCUGAGGCGGGAGUUCGCGUCCAACGGCUGGCUGUGAGGAAGACGAGGAGGAAGAGCAGAGCCCGAUCCAUGGUGCCGGAGAUGCUGUUCAUUAGUCGUCCCUAGUUAACUACAAACCAUGAGCUUUUAUAAAGUAGCUGUGGGUCACAGAAUCGAUUUGGUGCUGAUGGCGCUGAAACACGCUUUAAAUGAAGUAAUGAAGUUUGGAAGAAAGGUUAAAAACACAUUUCCUCUGUUUCCUCUGAUACUUUCACUGUAGUCACUUUUAGUGUGAAGCAAAUAAAGGGCCUGAAGGCUCCGUCUCCAC